AUUACGUUUCCACCCACGCCUCCGUGCUUUCGCUAAAUGUCCCCACCCUAAAACGCUCUUUCUCAGUCUCUCCAGUGGACAUUCUGCCUCUCUCUCUCUCUCUCUCUCUCUCCAGUUGCAGGGCGACAAUGGCGAAACCCACUCUCACCAGCUUGCAUUUUGCUUUUGCUCUCUUCAUCCUCCAUUUCUUUCUACUCCACGCUUCUACGAGUUCUGAUUUGGAAGCUUUGAUGGCGUUCAAAGAAACUGCCGAUGCUGCUAACAAGCUCACUACCUGGAACGUAACGGUUAAUCCGUGCAGCUGGUACGGCGUUUCCUGUCUCCAGAACAGAGUGUCUCGCCUCGUGCUCGAGGGUCUCGACCUGCAAGGCAGUUUCCAGCCCCUUGCAUCUCUCACUCAACUUCGAGUUCUGAGUCUCAAGCGAAACCGCCUCUCUGGCCCUAUUCCGAAUCUCUCCAACCUCACUGCUCUGAAGCUGCUUUUUCUUUCUUACAAUGAGUUCUCGGGGGAGUUUCCCGCUUCCGUCACGUCUCUUUUCCGGCUGUACCGUCUCGAUUUGUCUCACAACAACUUAUCGGGCCAGAUUCCGGAGACAGUCAACCACUUGGCACAUAUUCUUACUCUGCGUCUGGAAGAAAACCGGUUUUCCGGCAGCAUUACAGGUUUGAAUCUCCCGAAUCUGCAGGACUUCAACGUCUCCGGAAACCGCCUCGCCGGUGAUAUACCGAAAACUCUUUCCGCGUUCCCUGUGUCCGCCUUUGACCGAAAUGCGGUUCUCUGUGGAUCUCCCAUGCCAACAUGCAAGAACGUCGCGGGCGACCCAACGAAACCUGGAUCCGGUGGCGCAAUCGCAUCGCCGGUGAUUCCUGGCGGAAAUCCAGCAAUAGUUGCCUCCUCGCCGAGCUCAAUACCGAUAUCCACAACGCCAAUCCAGCCACAAAAUACUCGCCACGGUGCCACAGGAAAAGUAAGUCCAGUGGCCAUGAUCGCCAUCAUACUCGGCGACAUUUUGGUCCUCGCAAUAGUCUCUCUCCUUCUCUACUGCUACUUCUGGCGAAAUUACGCUGGAAAAAUGAGAGACGGCAAGAGCUCGCAAAUCCUCGAGGGGGAAAAAAUUGUGUACUCAUCCAGCCCAUAUCCAGCCCAAGCUGGGUACGAGAGGGGUCGAAUGGUGUUCUUCGAAGGCGUGAAGCGGUUCGAGCUGGAAGACUUGCUUCGAGCCUCCGCUGAGAUGCUGGGCAAAGGAGGCUUCGGAACUGCCUACAAAGCCGUUCUCGACGACGGCAAUGUCGUCGCCGUUAAACGACUCAAGGACGCUCACGUUGGAGGGAAACGUGAGUUCGAGCAGCAUAUGGAGGUGCUGGGACGGUUACGGCACCCUAACGUCGUUAAUUUGAGGGCCUAUUAUUUUGCCAGAGACGAGAAGUUGCUGGUCUAUGAUUACAUGCCUAAUGGCAGUCUAUUUUGGCUUCUUCACGGGAACCGUGGACCCGGAAGAACGCCUCUGGACUGGACCACGAGGUUGAAGAUUGCAGCCGGAGCGGCGCGAGGACUGGCCUUUAUUCACAACUCAUGCAAGACGCUUAAACUCACCCACGGUAACAUCAAGUCCACAAACAUCCUCCUUGAUAAAUGUGGUAGCGCACGAGUUUCCGACUUUGGUCUCUCCGUCUUUGCCUCUUCAACGGCUGCACCCAGAUCAAAUGGCUACCGUGCCCCUGAAAUAUUGGACGGCCGAAAGGGCUCCCAGAAGUCUGAUGUGUAUUCUUUUGGGGUGCUUCUGCUGGAGCUGCUCACAGGAAAGUGCCCUUCCGUGAUGGAGAACGGUGGGCCUGGGUCUGGGUACGGAGGAGUGGUGGAUCUUCCACGGUGGGUGCAGUCGGUGGUGAGAGAGGAAUGGACAGCGGAGGUGUUUGAUUUGGAGCUGAUGAGGUACAAGGAUAUCGAGGAGGAGAUGGUUGGACUGUUGCAGAUUGCAAUGGCGUGCACUACCCCUUCACCAGAUCAACGACCCAAGAUGAGCUACGUGGUGAAAAUGAUCGAGGAGAUACGUGGGGUGGAGGUGUCCCCCUCCCAUGAAACCUUCGACUCCGUGUCGGACUCACCCUCCGUUUCAGAGGACACAUGCGGAGUGAGCCAGUGAUCCAUAAUGUUUGUUGCUUCUAUGGUAGUCAUGUAAAUUAGGAAUUUUUUUUUCUUUUUCCCCUUGGAAAUCAGUUUUUUCUCUAUUGUGUUCAUUAGUUAAUUAGCCCUGAUCCACAGGGCUCUCUCUCGGUUGUUCACCGAAUGGGUGUGGGAGGAUUCUUACAGGGAUAAGUUUGUGAGGAUUUGUAUUUUUGUCAAGCAAGGUGGCUUAAAUUUAGGACAUUUUUGCAAAAGAAAUGUCACCAAAGGAUUGAAAA